CUGAAAACAAUCAAUUGAUAUGGAUAAUUCUGGCCCUUAUGCUCUUCCACAAGAGUCAACAAUUCUGGUGACUGGUGCAAACGGUUAUAUUGCAUCUCAUGUGUGCAAUAUCUUACUUGAACUUGGCUACCGAGUGCGAGGAUCUGUGCGAUCUGAAAAGCCAUGGCUGAAUAGAUUUUUUAAUGAAAAGUAUGGGGAGGGUCGAUUUUCAACCAUACUCUUUCCUUCUUUGGACAACCGAGACGCAUGGGUGGAUGCAGUUACUGGAGUAUCUGGUAUUGCUCACGUGGCAUCAGAUCUAUCAAUGAACCCUGAUCCAAAUGAAGUUAUCCCCUGGGUGACUUCUGCAACCAUAAAUGCAUUGGAGGCAGCCGCGAAAGAGUCUUCAGUGAAAAGAGUCGUCUUAACAUCCUCAAUAGUUGCUGCAUUUACGCCUGGGCCUCAUAAGCCAGGAACCAAGAUUGACGAAGAAAGUUGGAACAUGGAAGUUAGCGAGGCUGUAUGGGAUGUACAUAUUCCCUCCGAAUUCAAGGGGCAGGUAAAUUAUGCCGCCUCAAAAAUUCAGUCAGAGAUGAAAGCAUGGAACUGGAUGAAGGAAAAUAAACCCAACUUUGUUCUGAAUUCUAUCUUGCCAAAUAUGAACUUUGGCAGAAUUCUUUGCCCUGAGGCCUCUGGCUCAACGAUGACCUUAGCUGCGAAUCUUCUUCAUGGAGAUGAUACAGCUAUUCGGACUUAUCCCCGGCGGAUUUUCGCCCUUGCACAGUUUUUUAACUGGACAGAUGUUCUUUGUAUUCUGAAGGAACUUCGGCCUAAUAACAACUUACCGCCAUGCCCUGAAAAUGAACCACGAGAUCAAAGUGAAAUAAUUCCAUCGUCAAAGGCGGAGCAAAUGAUUCGGGAUUUUUUUGGGCGAUAUGGGUGGGUUGGGCUGAAGGAGAGCCUGGAGGAGGGUAUUGAAUAUCCUUUGGUUGUGUAGAAAACAACCUUGUCACACAUGAAAGUUUCUCCAAUGGGGUUUAUAUACACCCUAUCAGAAACUCCAAAAACCUCACAUCCCCGGCAUACUGCAUCCUUGAUCUAUGUCCUUCCAUU